CUGAUAUCAUUCAGUAUUUAUCUGCAAUCCCACUGGCUGACAUUGACAUUGCUCGUCGCAAACGAACCAAUCACUGCCACCAGCUGCUACCCACGACUGCACUGCAACCCUCAUCAUGGCUGGAGAGAAGGUCGAUCCUUGCUCAUCUGCGCGCGCGGAUGCAGCCUGCACCCACUUUUCCUUGGACUUGACCAUUGACUUUGCCGCCAAGACCAUCUCUGGCUCGACAACCCUCACGGUGGAGAUUCGCGGCGACGAUGUGCGGGAGCUGCACUUGGAUGGCAAGGACCUAAGCAUCGAUGCGACGACGCUGGCAGACAGCGGGGAGCGUCUUGACCUCGUGGAGAAGGCCACUCCACUCGGAAUGGACUACACCAUCCAUCUUCCCGCGGGCCUCGAGAAGGGGAGCAGCGUGAAGGUGAAGCUGGUCUACUCGACGAGCCCGCUUGCAUCUGGUGUGCAGUGGCUCCGACCCGAGCAGACCGCCGUCAAAGAACACCCGUUCAUGUUCACCCAGUGCCAGGCCAUUCACGCCCGGAGCCUGAUGCCUUGCCAGGACACGCCGGCAUUCAAGUGCACGUACGACGCGACUAUGCGCACUCCAAAGGGCCUGCGCGCACUCAUGAGCGCAAAGCUCGUGGAUGAGAACCUCAACGCCGGCGACAACAUCUCCCUCUUCAAGUUUGAGCAGAAGACGGCCAUUCCAACCUACCUCCUUGCCAUCGUUGCCGGCUCCCUCUUCUCACGGGAUCUGAGCGAGCGGUGCCGCGUGUGGGGCGAGCAAGGAACCGUGGACAAGGCCGCCUACGAAUUCGAGGAGGUUGAGAAGAUGCUUGGCGCGGCUGAAGAGCUGCUUGGACCGUACGUGUGGGAGCGAUACGAUAUGGUCGUGCUUCCGCCGUCAUUCCCAUAUGGCGGCAUGGAAAACCCCAUGCUCACCUUCCUCACGCCAACCCUCCUCGCCGGCGACAGGUCGCUUGUGAACGUGGUGGUGCACGAGAUCGUCCACAGCUGGACAGGGAACCUGGUGACCAGCAGCACGUGGGAGCACUUUUGGCUGAACGAAGGGUUCACGGUGUUCUGCGAGCGCAAGAUCCUUGGGCGCCUUGAAGGUCGUCUUGAACGGCACCUGGCCGCCUACGAAGGGCUCAAUGCCCUCAGGGACAGCGUCGAACACUUUGGCGAGGACAGCCCCUACACCGCCCUGUGCCCGAAGUUUGACGGUUCGCUCGACCCCGACGACGUGUUCAGUUCCGUUCCGUACGAGAAGGGAUCAAACUUUCUCUUCUACCUCGAAUCAAUCGUUGGAGAAGAAGCGAUGAACGAUUUCCUCAAGAAGUAUGUGAUUCGCUUCAGCCACAAGAGCAUCACAACUGAUGACUUUCAGAAGUUCUUCACAGAAUUCUUCGCAGACAAGGCUGAGGCGCUGAAGCAGGUGCAGUGGGAGGAGUGGUACAACCGCCCAGGAAUGCCCAUCGUCAAGAACAAGUUUGACGAUACGCUCGUGACAAAGGCAACAAAUGCUGCCGACGAAUUCAUCGCAAAGACCGACUUUGAAGGAUUUACAUUCGAUUACGGGUUUUCGACGAUGCAAGAGAUUGUGUUUUACGACCACCUCCUCCAGAAGCAAAGCGUGCCCGCUGCGCCCAUCAAGUUUCUCAUGAAGUCGCGCUUCCCCAACACGAGCAACGCUGAACUUCGUUUCCGCAUCCUGUCGCUGUGCAUGAAGGCAAACCUGACAGAGUUCAACAAGCAAGUCAUCGACUUCCUCACGUCCCAGGGGCGCAUGAAGUUUGUUCGCCCGCUGUUCCGCCUCUUUGCCAAAGUCCCGGGCAACGCGUACAAGGCAACAGAGGUCUUCAAGGCACACAGGAGCCAAUACCACAACAUUGCGGCGGCCAUGCUUGCAAAGGACCUCGGCCUGUAGGCGCCAGCUCGCAUAAACACGCACGUGCAUACAUGCGCGUAGCCAUUUCAGUGACGCUGCUACCGCUGUUGCUGCUGUUGCUGCUGUUGCUGUGGCAUGUGACUGCCCACUUGCCCUUCUCACUCCAACCAAUAAAGCACGCCAAUAACGAUC